AUGGUCGGCGGCUCGUGCGCCCGCAGGUUAGCCCGCCGCUCCCGCUCGGCGCUGAUCGCGGCUCUGACGGUGCUGCUGGUUCAGACGCUGAUAGUGUGGAACUUCAGCAGCCUGGACUCCGGGGAGGAAGGGGAGACCGGAGGCUCCAGCAUCAGAGGGAAGAGGGACCGGCUGGCGGCGGGCAACAAAGGCGCCAGGAGCGAGUAUGUGAGACGCGGAGUACAGCAGCAGCAGCAGCAGCAGCAGCAGCAGCAGCAGCAGCAGCAGCAUCCUCCACCAGGGAGAGGGACGGCUCACCACAUACAACAACCGGAUGGAUAUUACUCCCACCGGCCUAAAGAGAAAAUGAGAGUGGACAGCAACAACGAGAACUCAGUACCCAAAGAUUUUGAGAACAUAGACAAUAGCAACUUCGGCGCACGCUCACAGCCCCACCGCCAGUCUGUAGGAGGCGCUAGCAGUAAGCAGCAAAAGGAGCAUCUGCAAGAGAGGGCCCUUGCCCAGCAGCAAGCCUGGAGAGAGAGCUCGCCUAGUCUGGGCCGCAGCUCCAACGAGGUGCUUCCCAUAGGCCAUCGGCCGCUGGUGGUCGGUGACAACACCACCUACCCAGGUGCCCACCAGGAGACUGCAGCAGGGCCACAGCAGCAUUACCGCGCCUCGCUGGGUCAACAGGGGCAGUCGUUGCAUAGACACCAGCAUCCACAUAAGAGGCAAACGACCGCAGCGCCUCUGGAAGUGACCUACGAGCAGCCACCCAAGUGCGAGAUCAGCGGGAAGGAAGCCAUUUCCGCUCUGUCCAGAGCCAAGAGCAAGGAGUGCCGGCAACAGAUAGCCGAGGUGUACUGCAGACACAACGGAGGCCAGUUGAUGCCUGAGAGGGUCACUCGCUACUGCCGCCUGGAGGGUAAAGCCAAUGGGAAUGUCCAGUGGGAGGAGGACUCGGCAGAGAGCGUUCCAUCAAACCCAGUCAGGAUAGCCUUUGUCUUGGUGGUCCAUGGAAGAGCCUCACGCCAGUUUCAACGCCUCUUCAAAGCCAUCUACCACACCUCCCACUACUACUACAUUCAUGUCGACCAGCGCUCCAAUUACCUUCACAGGCAGAUUCAGACCCUGGCUGCCCAGUAUGUCAACGUGAGAGUCACCCCGUGGCGCAUGGCUACCAUCUGGGGCGGUGCCAGCCUGCUAACCAUGUACCUGCGUAGCAUGUCUGACCUGCUGGCCAUGAGAGACUGGAGCUGGGACUUCUUCAUCAACCUCAGUGCUGCUGACUACCCCAUCAGGACCAAUAACCAGCUGGUGGCCUUCCUGUCAAAAUACAGGGACAUGAACUUCAUCAAGUCCCAUGGCAGGGACAAUGCCAGGUUUAUCCGCAAGCAGGGUUUGGAUCGCCUGUUUUAUGAGUGUGACACACACAUGUGGAGGCUGGGAGACCGUAAAAUCCCAGAAGGCAUUUCUGUGGAUGGGGGAUCUGACUGGUUCCUACUCAACCGCAUGUUUGUUGAGUAUGUCAUCAACUCCAAGGAUGACCUGGUCACCAGCAUGAAGCGUUUCUACGCCUACACACUGCUGCCUGCAGAGUCAUUCUUCCACACAGUACUGGAAAACAGUGCCUACUGUGAAAGUAUGGUGGACAACAAUCUGCGUAUCACAAACUGGAACCGUAAACUGGGCUGUAAAUGCCAGUACAAACACAUUGUGGACUGGUGUGGAUGCUCCCCCAAUGACUUCAAGCCUGCAGACUUCCACCGCUUCCAGCAAACAGCUCGGCCCACCUUCUUCGCCAGGAAGUUUGAAGCCAGUGUAAACCAGGAGAUAGUGAAUCAGCUGGAUGCCUACCUGUUUGGACCAUUUCCCCAGGGGACCCUGGGCCUUCAUACCUACUGGGAGAAUGUUUACGACGAGGCAGAUGGUGUGGCCAGUCUGUCAGACACACAGCUCACACACUACCACUCCUUCUCCCGACUCGGCUUGGCCAGGGCCGUGGCCUCGCUGCAAGGCAACCCAAAGGAUAAUAGAUGCAGGUAUUUCCCCAUGGGUCAUCCGGUGUCGGUGCAUCUCUACUUCCAGUCAGACCAGUUCCAGGGCUACUUGGUCAAGCAUCAUGCCACAAACCUGGCGACCAGCAAGCUGGAGACCCUGGAGACCUGGGUGUCUCCGAAGAAGAACUUCAGGAUAACCGCCCCUCCCAGCAGCACCUUCAGCCGGUUGCACUUUGCUGAGGUUGGCAUGGAGUGGGAUGCCAAAGAGCGGAUGUUCCGUAACUUUGGUGGCCUGAUGGGGCCCAUGGACGAAACGGUGGGCAUGCAGAGGUGGAGCAAGGGCCCCAAUGUCACAGUCACAGUGGUGUGGAUCGACCCCACCAACGUCAUCGCGGCCACUUACGACAUUCUGAUUGACACCAGUGCCGAGUUCACCCACUAUCGGCCCCCCCUCAACCAGCCUCUGAGGCCUGGUGUGUGGAGCGUCCGCAUCCUGCAUCACUGGAGUCCAGUGGCUGAGAUGCGCUUCCUCAUUACCCCACUGGCCUACAGUAAACGCCAGCCCAUACGCCAAGAGGAAACUCUUAAACUCCACAAUGGACCAACGAAGAAUAGCUACAUGGAGCAAAGUUUCCACGGCCUUAACCCGGUCCUCAACAUCCCGGUCAGCCUGGGCCACAUGGAGCGAGCCAAGAGGAACGCCGCCCUGACAGGUCCCGAGCUGGAGCACUGGCUAGAUGGCCUGGUGGGUGAGAUAUGGGAGGCGGCCGACAUCUGCGCCUCGGGUCCUACUGCCUGCCCCGUCAUGCAGGCCUGCCCCAAGACCCCCUGGAGCUCACUAAGCCCAGAUCCUAAGUCCCAGCUGGUGGCGCCGCGACCCGACGGACGCAUCAGGUAG